AUGGCCGCGGCCAAGGCGGAGAUGCAGCUCCUACCACAGCUGCAGAUCUCUGACCCCUUCGGCUCCUUUCCACACUCGCCCCCCACCAUGGACAGUAACUACCCCAAGCUGGAAGAGAUGAUGCUGCUCAGCGGCGGGGGUCCCCAGUUCCUCACCUCCAGCGGGGCCCCUGAAAGCAGCGGUUUCAACCCCCCCGGAGAACAGCACUUCGAGCACCUUGCUGCAGACACGUUUCCCGAGAUCUCUUUAAAUAAUGAGAAAUCCUUGGCAGAAACCAGCUACCCCAAUCAGACAAGCCGGCUGCCGCCUAUAACCUACACGGGCCGCUUCUCUCUGGAACCAGCCCCCAACAGCAGCAACACUCUCUGGCCAGAGCCUCUGUUCAGCCUUGUUAGUGGGCUGGUGGGCAUGGCUAACCUACCCACCACUUCUACACCUUCUUCAUCACCAACCUCCUCAUCCUCACAGACCCCGCCCCUGAGCUGCUCUGUCCAGGCCAGCGACAACAGCCCGAUCUAUUCAGCGGCACCAACAUUUCCCAAUUCUAGCUCUGAGAUUUUCCCUGAGCAGCAAACUCAGUCCUUCCCAAACGCUCCCAGUACCUCUCUCCAGUACCCUCCCCCGGCUUAUCCGGCUGCUAAAACCAACUUCCAGGUGCCAAUGAUCCCGGACUACUUAUUUCCCCAGCAACAGGGGGAAUCUCUCAGCCUGGUCCCAGCUGAUCAGAAACCAUUUCCAACGCUAGAAUCCAGACCCCAGCAGCCCUCUCUCACACCUCUCUCCACUAUCAAAGCUUUUGCUACCCAGACUGGGUCCCAAGAUCCGAAGACGCUAAACACUACGUAUCAGUCGCAGCUAAUCAAGCCAAGCAGGAUAAGAAAAUACCCUAACCGACCUAGCAAGACCCCUCCUCACGAGAGACCCUACGCAUGCCCAGUGGAGUCCUGUGACAGGAGGUUUUCCAGAUCUGAUGAGCUGACCCGGCACAUUCGGAUUCACACAGGACAAAAACCUUUUCAGUGCCGUAUUUGUAUGAGGAAUUUCAGCAGAAGCGAUCACUUGACCACUCAUAUCCGAACCCACACCGGGGAGAAGCCAUUUGCCUGUGAUAUUUGUGGUAGAAAGUUUGCCAGAAGUGAUGAGAGGAAGAGACACACUAAAAUUCACCUGAGACAGAAGGACAAGAAAGCAGAAAAGGCAACUCCAGCCUCUGCUGCUUCUCAGAUUUCCACCUACUCCUCUCCAAUGACAACUUCCUACCCAUCUCCAGCCGCCACCACUUACCCAUCUCCAGUGCCUACAUCAUAUUCCUCCCCAGUGUCUUCUUCCUAUCCAUCUCCAGCACACACCACUUUCCCUUCCCCCUCAGUAGCAACUACAUACCCUUUGGUUACUGCCACCUUUCAGGCCCAAGUAUCUACCACUUUCCCCUCUCCAGGGAUUACCAAUUCUUUCAGUUCACAAGGGACUUCAGCACUUUCAGAAAUGUCAUCAACUUUUUCUCCAAGGACAAUUGAAAUUUGUUGA